ACGCGAGUGAAACACUAUACAAUUCGAAAAGGACUGUGAAACCCUUCUAAGGCGAAACCCUAAAAACCCUCGUCUCUCAACCCAUCACAGUACAACUGAUCACAACUUUCUCUCUCUGGAAAAUCAAAUUCGAAACCCUAGUUUCUCUAUUUGCUCAAUGUUCUCAAGUCUUUCUUGUACAUAAUUGAUUAUUACAUAUAUUUUUCCGAUUUUAUCAUUGAAGAUGGACAUUGAACAAAAGCAAGCAGAGCACAUCGAGUACUUUGUCAAGCAAGCCUCGACUCACAAGGGCUCGUCCCUCGCAAACGUUGUCGUUGAAGCCACUUCUCAUCCGUCUCUCUUCGCCUUCUCUGAGAUUCUCACAGUUCCUAGUGUUCUUGAGCUCCAAGGAACCGAGAAUUCUGUAUAUCUUGAUCUGCUUCGUUUAUUUGCUCAUGGCACAUGGAGUGAUUACAAGUGUAAUGUUGGUAGUCUUCCACAAUUGGUUCCUGAUCAAAUCCUUAAGUUAAAGCAACUUACCGUGCUCACGCUAGCUGAGACAAACAAGGUACUUCCCUAUGAUGUACUGAUGCAGGAGUUAGAUGUUACAAAUGUACGCGAGCUUGAAGAUUUUCUCAUCAAUGAGUGCAUGUAUGUGGGCAUAGUUAGAGGAAAGCUGGAUCAGUUGCGAAGAUGCUUCGAGGUGCAAUUUGCAGCCGGAAGAGAUCUAAGACCAGGACAAGUGGGAAGUAUGAUACAAACAUUAACUAACUGGUUGGCUACAUCAGACAAUCUACUUAUUUCCAUUCAAGAUAAGAUAAAAUGGGCAGAUACCAUGAGCGAGUUGAACAAGAAACACAGAAAGGAAGUUGAAGACAGGGUGGACGAAGUAAAGAAGUCGCUCUCCUUCAAGUCGAUGUGUCUUACUUACGUUGUGGCAGAAGUUACAAACUGUAAGCAGGCCGACAUUGACUUCCAAGGGCAUGAGGAGAUCUACUCUGAACCUGGCGGAGUGAUGGACUAUGAGGAAGACCGAAGCCGACCCAAGAGGAGGCGUCAUCCAAUAGGUUGAAGAUAUAUUUACCCAUAGGUUACCUUGUCAGGCAACUAGCCGUUUUUUGUUCAUGGCAUUUCAGCAACACAAGGUCGCUUCCUUUGGAGACAUAUUCAACUAUUUAUAGUUGCUCUCUUGAAUCAGAUUCAGAGAAAAAUAUAAAGUGUUAGCUUGGACUGGAACACAUUAUUAUUCAUUUGAGUCAGCAAGAACAAUAUCAGACGCGUUGCGGCAAAAUUUUUUAUGGAGUUAUGCAAGAUUGUAGAUACAGUUUUAUGCUUCAUGUGGUUGCCUUUUGCGUGUCUUUAUUCAGUUAUGGAAAUAGAUAUUAUAUGGUCAGAUAUAAAAUGCUUGGUUCCCCAAUA